AUGGGGACGAUGAAGGCAGUGGCGUGCGUCGCCUGGGCAUUGUCGCUGAUCGAUGUCAUGAUGGCCGCCGAUUACGUCGUCGGCAACCCGGCCGGCGGCUGGGACGGGAGGACCGACUACAAGUCCUGGGCCGCAGCCCAGACUUUCGCUCCGGGAGAUAGCCUAACCUUCAAAUACAACUCGUACCACAGCGUCAUGGAGGUGACCAAGGACGCCUUCGAAGCGUGCACGACCACCGACCCCAUCUUCUACGACAACAGCGGCAGCACCACCAUCGCGCUCACCAUGCCGGGGACGCGCUACUUCAUCUGCGGCGCGCCGGGACACUGCCUGGGCGGCAUGAAGAUGGUGGUGGAAGUCGCCGACCGACCCGCACCCACGACACCCACUUCGCCGCCGCCGGCGCUAUCACCGGCGCCUAUGCCGUCGGCUCCAGCGCCGAGGCCAUGGUCACCCGCGCCGGCACCCGGGGCUGCGCCGCCGAGACGUGCAGGGCACAAGAAGCACAGGAAGAGGUACUGCCCGCCUGAAACUACCGUGCAUGCGCCGGCCCCGGCCCCCACAGUACAGGCCGAAGCAGAUUUUCCGGUCGCGAUGUUUGCUCCGAUGUCAGCUCCGCCACCUCCGACGCCAACGUCGGGCGGGCCUGCCGUGCUGCGAGCAACGUGGGGCGAGGCCACUGCGGCGCUAGCAGCGCUUGGCUGGUUCAUGCUUGUAGCCCUGUGA